AUGACUCGAGACGAAGGUCAGGAGCGAGUCGACGACGCCAAGCUGAACGGUGCUGGAGGCCACGCCCGCCUCGUUCCUUGA